CUUCCUUUCAAACCAAACUUGUUGGUACGUUGAUGAACGUUCUUCACAGCAACUGAAUGACGUUACUGGUACCUCCUCGGUGGCUAUGGCCUGGUGCUAGGCACCUCUAGACCACUUGGAAAUGCGUACUUCUCGCUGUGAUUUUAGCCCGGACCAUACCUACUCGCGAUUCACAUCUUGGAGAUGCAGCUUUGUGAUACUUCCGGAACAGUGGAAAUGAGACAAGUCGCGAUGCACGCCUGACCCGUAAAGAUUGAUGACACGUGAGGAACGGCACAUAGGAGUUGUCAACGCUGGGUUCACAUCGGCCGAUGUAACGGACCGCAAAUGUCCAGCGCUCUGGUUCCUUCUUCAACAGGUUGGCAACGGAUCAUGGACCAAAAACAUGAGGUGUCUCUACGUGGAAUCACUAUCACAUAUGGACUAGUACUCCUUCGUGUCAAUAAAGUCCGAGGAGUUGAUGUAGAUCCGGAAAGGCGGCCGAAACUCAACGCAAUCCAGUCUAUCACUCAAUGCCGUUACUAUUUUGAUAAGGCGCCAUUAUACUCCAAACAACGCCUUUGUGACAGAUACGCACAAAAAUACUGUUUCCGCUACUCCUCUCAGCCCCCCUUUCAAGAGUUCUGCGCCACUUUACCACUUCGGAGAACAUCAGAAAGUUAUCAGGAGAAUAGAAUCGAUUUACGAGUCACCGUCUUCAUACAGGCACCAUGGACGAAACACGGCAUAGAUUUUGAGGAAUCGAAAGAAGGAUUCGGGCCGGUACAGGACAUCACACCGAGGACGCCAUGUUUGUAUACUAUCCCUUCCGGUGCAAUCGGUACGCCACAGGCGCUGGCAGUCACGCAAAUGCCACGGCACAUAUCGACAGGUGUCGAUAUCUUUACGUGGCUUCGGCACUUUCAACUAUCUCGCUCCAUUCUACUCCAGUUCACGUGGUCGUUCAACAUCAUAAUGAGUCAUAACAGAGAGAAUGAUAUCCGUGUUUAUAAACACGAGUUUUGUGAAAGUACCGACUUCUGUGGGGUACCGAUUACACCGGAAGGGUAGUAUUUGAGAAUGAGCACCUGCCGCCGGCAGGAUCUACUCAAGGCUGUACUGACGUCAGGCCGGUAGUCUCAGUGGCAGAAAAAUCCCCGCUCACGAGGAUGACGGUCCUCCUAACUUGAUUCGGAAUCCCGAGUCCCUCCUUUUGCCGCGAGCGUUUCAGCUCAUUCUACACUCAUUAGGACCAUGCGAGUUGAUCGGCUUCCGGUCCACCCAUAGGCUUCCGGCUAAUAAUCGCAGAGAGCGACGACAUUUAUUGUGUUCGGUACAGAAAUCGGAGACAAGCUUACCGACGGAGCAUAAGAUCAAUCAAAUAGGAGGUUCGUCUGUACCGGAGGUUCUCUUAGCUUCGUUUUCGAGGCUGCAGUUAUGGAACGAGUCAAGUCCCAAAAUAUGACUGCCACUCACACGAUAUACUUCUUGAAUGUCCCAAUAGCUGUGUGUUCGUAAAAUAUACAAUUGUCCCCCAUGA